ACAUUUCGAAUAAUGUCACUUUAAUUGGAAAAACUCCCAUAUACCAUCGGGGUGUAAAAAGAAGGUGUUACAAUUACUGGUUUAAAAUGUUCUUCUUAAGUGGACUUCAUAGUUUUUCGUGAAAAAAGAGAAUAGGCUUUCGAAAGUCUACUUCCCUGGAAAAGAUAGAUUGAGUUAGGCGAUUUGUUUAAUUUUCUUACUAGUCAUGCAUAUGGUACAACUACAUCAUUUAUAGGUAGCAAUGAUGAUGCGGUAGAAGUUGGCAAUAAUUUAUUUUGUUGAAUCUGUUUUGAUGGGGAAGCAGAAAAAUCGGAAUGUGUUCGAGCAGCUAAUGAAAAUUGUAGAUGACAACAAACUCUGCUCUUAUUUCAACUGGGGCUCUCUUUGUUAUGAAACGUUAGUAAAAUCAUUGAAGAGUUGUUUGAAGCCCAAUGAGAAUGAGAAUGAGAAAGAGAAAAAGAAAGUUAAAGACAAGGACAUUUAUACUAUACUUGGCUUUCCUUUCGCUUUUUGUGUUUGAAUUAUGGAAGUAUUCCCAAAUUUUUAAGAAAAACAAUUUGUGAACUUUACAGAAUGUGGGUAUCAUCGGAUGUUAUGUUAUUCAGAUAUGAAAUCUCCACAAUAUGAUUCUCUGUAUAAAAAAUACUUCCAUAAUGAAAAUUUGUAUAAGUUGAUCGAGGUGACACCAUUUAUUCCUAUUGAAGAAGAUGCAGAGCCUAUUAGUGUGCAUGAGCCAUUGUCUCAAGAUCAAAGUUCAAUGCCUUCCUCCACACAAUGUGAUGAAGCCUUGCUUAAGGAAAUUGUUAAAAGAUUAUCAGAGAAGUUUAAAAAGGAUAUGCAAGCAGAAGUUACUCGAAUAAAUAAAAAAAUAGCUGUAUCAGAAAAAAGAUUCGAAAUGACAUCAAGGAUUUAAAGAAAGACGUAGGAUCAAAGAUUGAUACUUUGUUGAAGAUUCUUGUCAAACCUGAUGAAAGGAACAUAGAGAGAGAAUCUAUUGUUCCGCCCCCGAAGGGGUGAAGGAGUUUUUCUAAUUAAAGGACAAUCGAAACGGGAUUUGUUUGUUUAUUUCAGAGUCGCCACU